AUGGUGGAUUUUCCAGGAUACAGCCUGUCUGGUGCCGUUGCCUCUUUCUUCUUCAUACUGCUCACCAUGAGGCAGCCAGAUAACUGGAGAGUGAUUGGUCCAGCACAUCCUAUACUGGCCAGGAUUGGGGAAGACGCCCUACUAACCUGUCAGCUUCUCCCCAAGAAGGCCAUGAUGCCCACGAAGGUGAUAUGGUACCGCUCAGAGCCCAGCACACCUGUGUUUGCACUGUGGCAUGGAGCUGAGGUGACCGAGAUGCAGAUGGAGGAGUACAGAGAACGGGUAGAAUGGAUAAAGGAUGAUAUUCCUGAGAGAAGUGUGGCUUUGAAGAUAAGCAACGUCCGACCAUCUGAUGAUGGGCAAUACUGGUGCCGCUUCCAAGAGAAUAACUAUUGUGAAGAAACGAGCUUGCUGCUUAAGGUAACAGGUGUGGGGUCUUCCCCUUAUAUCCAUGUGAAGGGACCUGUAGAAAGUGGAGUCCAGCUUGUGUGCACUGCAAAAGGCUGGUUCCCAGAGCCCCAGGUUUAUUGGGAAGAUACCACAGGAAAGAAGUUGCUCUCUGUCUCUGAGCAUUCCGUCCAGGACGACAGCGGCCUGUUCUAUGUGGAAGCCAAUCUCGAGUUGAGGAACGCCUCUGUGGAGACUGUGUCCUGCUUCAUCCACAACCCCAUCCUCAAGGAGGAGAAGAGCUCAGUCAUCUCCAUUCCAGAGAAACUCCAGAAUGAGCUAGCUUCCUUAAAAGUGAUUGGACCUUCCCAGCCCAUCUAUGUCAGAGUGGGAGAAGACAUACAAUUAACCUGUUAUCUGUACCCCAAGACUAAUGCACAAAGCAUGGAGGUGAGGUGGGUCCAAUCACACCAUUAUCCUGCUGUUUAUGUGUACACAAAUGGGGAACAUGUGACUGAAGAGCAGAUGGCAGAAUAUAGAGGAAGGACAGUGUUGGUGAGUGAUGCCAUCAAUGAGGGGAGACUGACCCUGCAGAUACACAAUGCCACAACGUCAGAUGAUGGGCACUACCAGUGCCUUUUUGGAAAAGAUGGUGUCUACCAGGAGGCCAGUUUGGAUCUGAAGAUAGUAGGUCUGGGUUCUUCUCCACAAAUUUCCAUAAUAGGACAGAAGGAUAGAGAAAUAGAGCUGAUGUGUGAUUCAGAAGGGUGGUUCCCACAGCCCCAUGUGCAGUGGAAGGACAUGGAAGGAAAGACGAUACCAUCAUUUCCAGAGGUUCUGACUCAAGGCAGUCAUGGGCUGUUCCAUGUGAAGACGUCUCUAUUGGUCACAAACAGCUUUAUUGUGAAUGUAACCUGUUCCAUUAGCAACCCCCUUCUUGGUGAGGAGAAAAUGGCAACUUUUUCCCUCUCAGAGCCCAUGAUGACUUUUUCAUGGAAGAUAGUGCUUAUUUGGGGCUUGCUUCCUGCUGCAGCUGUAGGCCUGGUCAUGAGGAAGAGCUAUAAAAAAGUGAACGUCACUGGAUCCAAAUACAACCAGAAAUGAUGGUUUCUGAGGAAUACAAGC